AUGUCGGCUGAAUACCAUCGAGUUGAUAACGAUGAGAAGUUCAUCGAUGUAUUUCUCGGUCGAAGAUCUACUGAUAGCUUGAAUUCAACGUUGUUGAACUCGGAGUAUGAUGAAAAGGCUCAGGACGUAGAAUCCAUGCCAUUGCCUAGACAUACGUACGAUAACCGGUGGAUGUGGUUGGUACAUGCUGUACUGCUUUCAUUUUCAUUUGCGUUAUUCAUAUCGGCAUAUUGUACCAGGUUAACAACGCUUAAACACGUGAAGGAGUAUUCAGCAUGGUCUCCCGCUGCAAAAGCAGUUGAGUACCAAAAAGUUAAAUUCAAUAAUACCAUGGGAACUGGGUCACCGUACGUGGGCUACGGACCAGACGUUGACAAAGCAUGGAGUGCUAUCUCAUACGAUGUUGGGGAUCAAAUGAUUUUACCAGAUCAACUCGAUAAAAUCGGGAUGCCAAACACACAUCUGGAAGUCAAGGAUCCAAAGACUGGAGUCGAAGGUUACCGAGUCGGGCUAGAAGUCUUUCAUCAGUUACAUUGUAUAAAUCUUCUCCGACAAGUCACAUAUAGAGACUGGUACGAAGAUAUCAGUGGAGAGUUCAAGGGAGGACAAAAGGGCCUUCAAAUGCACACCGAUCAUUGCCUAGAGAUCCUACGCAUGAAUGUACAAUGCAAUGCAGACGUUGGAGUCUUCACACUUUACAUGGUAGAAGAUGAUCCUCUUCCAUGGCCUGAACUCAAUUCUUGGCAUGUUUGUAGAAAUUUUGAUGCCAUUGUAGAUUGGGCCAUGGAUAAUUCGGUAGGAAUCAUGGAAACGCAUGAUAACAACACGGAUGUCCAUGAUUCGACUGUAUAG